AUGGCGGGCUGGUUUGGAUCCUCGCCCAACAGCGCGCUCGAUGAGCAGAUCGAGCGCGCAACCUCGUCAAGCCUGGAGGACAUGCCGCUCAACCUCGAGAUUUCCGACGUGAUUCGAUCCAAGACUGUGCAGCCCAAAGAUGCCAUGCGCGCGUUGAAGCGGAGGAUAGGGCACAAGAACCCCAACGUCCAGCUCGCCGCCCUGAAUCUCACCGAUACCUGCGUAAAGAAUGGCGGCGCCCACUUCAUACAAGAGAUUGCUUCGCGGGACUUCAUGGACAAUCUGACGUCGCUGCUCAAGGCACCAGCGACCGUGGCACCGAACAACGAUGUGAAGAACAAGAUGCUGGAACUCAUCCAGACAUGGGCAACCGCGGCUGAGGGCCGCUUCAACCUGAACUACAUCGGUGAAGUCUACCGCAGCCUGCAGCGAGAGGGCUACCAGUUCCCCCCCAAAGAGCAUAUUGCGAGCAGUAUGCUCGACUCUAGUGCACCUCCAGAAUGGGCCGACUCCGACGUCUGCAUGCGAUGCCGUACCCCCUUCACCUUUACAAACCGCAAGCAUCAUUGUCGCAACUGUGGAAAUGUCUUCUGUGGUGCCUGCUCCAGCAAGAGCAUCCCACUCCCCCACCUCGGCAUAAUGGACCCUGUGCGUGUAGACGAUGGCUGCCAUGCCAAGAUGACAGACAAGUCUCGAGGGCCCCCAGUGCCAAGGGGGUUUGAUGCGGUUAAAACCCACCAGACGCUAUACCAAGGCUCAAUGGAACCCCGCAGCGCGCGCGUCGAGGACAGCUUCGACGCAGACCUGAAGCGAGCGCUAGAGAUGAGCUUGGAGGAGACCAAAGGCAGCAACUCUUCAGGCUUUGUUCCGCAAUCACAACUGCAGUCGCAAUCCAAACCCGCAAACGGAACAUCGAAGAAGGAGCCCGAGGAGGAUGAAGACGCUGAUCUCGCAGCUGCCAUUGCAGCUUCUCUCGCCGAUAUGGAAGAGCAGAAGAAAAAGUACGCCCACACCUUCCGACAGCAGACGGCCAAUGUGAAUGGGACGACGCCUUUCGUUGCACCCAAGAAUGACUACGAACUUACUCCGGUUGAGGCCGAGAAUAUCAACCUGUUUUCAACUCUCGUAGACAGACUACAACACCAGCCCCCAGGCACCAUAUUGCGAGAACCGCAGAUACAGGAGCUGUAUGAGGGUAUUGGUAAACUAAGACCAAAACUUGCGCGUACCUAUGGCGAGACAAUGAGCAAGCAUGACACACUACUUGACCUACACGCCAAGCUUUCCACCGUGGUUCGGUACUAUGAUCGAAUGCUUGAGGAAAGACUAUCAAAUACCUACAACCAGGCCAAUGCCAUGUAUGGUCUUCCCGCGCCCACGCAGCGGCCAGCUUCCAAUCUCUACCCCAGCAUUCAUUCUAGCGCGCCGGACGGUUCAGCCGGUGAGAACUACUACAGCAGUAACGCGCCCCCAUCCGACGCAUACGGAAGACAGUCGUACUACGGCGGCGGCUACCCCCAACAACCACACACGCAGCAAGCAGCUGUACCACCGCCAUCCUACACCUCCCCCCAGGACCCCUACCAACAGCCCUCGCAGCCGUAUCCAAAUCUUUCUUCAUAUGGCGGGGCAGCAGCACCACAGCAACGGCCACCGAGCACAACCUAUCAGAAAUCCGCGUCACCACAGCUUCAACGCCAAGUUUCAAAUCAGCAACAUUAUCCAUCGCAACCCUCACAACCCCCUCUAUCCACCGCAUCAGACGCAGAGAGCGCAAGCUUCUACUACGGCGACAGUAACGCCGCGCAACCAUCGCAAGCAAACUUGCAGCACACUCAAAGCUAUCCCCCCCAGCCCUCACAACAACCGCAAUCCUCAUCACCACAAAUGUACAACCGCGGCCCACCACAGCAACCUCCCAUCUCGCCCCCCUCACAACCCGCCACCGCAUGGCAGAAUCCCCCGUAUCCAAGGCAAGACCAGGCGCCGAACUGGCAACCUCAGGACCAGAACCAGGCAUCGCAACAGCAGGCCUCAUCCCCCCCGCAGCAGGCUCCCUCAUCACAACACGCACCACCACCGCAGCAGCAGCAGUACUGGCAACAACCACAGCAAGCCCCGCUGCAAAAGCAGAGUUCAGCUUGGCAGCCGGCUCCGUAUGCGUCGGGUGGAUACGGCCCUGAGAGUUUCCCCAGUGCGCCGCAGAAUCAGUUGCCGGUGCAGCAGCAGAAGGUUGUGGAUGAACCGUUGAUCGACCUAUAA